AGGAGGUUCCACGUCCGGGCUUCUCUUCAACUAACCGAAACGUAGCGCGAUAUUCAAACAAAUUUCUUUAAAUAAAUAAAAAGUUAAACAAUUAAAACCAUAUAAACAACAGAAACCGUUUCGCCAAUACGAAUCAAUGGACAAUAAAGCAGUGGAAUUACGAAUGGCGGAGAAACUACGGGAAUUAUGGCUGAAAAUUAUUUUCAAAAUAUUUAAGGACUGAAAAUUUAAGAAGAUAAUGUCCAUUUUGUAAUUAUUGUAAUUAUUUGUACAGUUUCCCAGUGAGAACAUUCCUCAUCGAAAGUUUCAUUCGUCACUAAAAUUGUCCCCCUUGGUGUGCUAAUUCUUUUUUCUUUCCUUUAACAAUCACCUGCAACUUUCGUCUCGCGAAACUUUGUGUUUUUUUUUUUUUUGCCGGAUCGUUCGAUCUCGCCGGAGAAAUUCGGGUGAGCGCAUCCAGCGCUUUUUGGUUGCUACGAGCGCACCAAGUGUUCACCUUAUAAUUUGGCAGUCUGCCGUAAAUAUUGACAGCAAUCACGUGUCCCACCUGUUAACUGUGCUCGUGGAGCACAUAAAAACAAGUGUUGAGAUAACAUACGAAAAAAGGUUUUUCACCAGAUUUUUUAGAUAAGACACGAGGAUGGAUACCAUAGUCGAAAAGAUGGGCAAGCUGAAUCUGAGGAUCCCAACUAUUCCAACCUGCCCUGUCAAGAGUCCACAACCUCUAAAGGAUUUUGUCGGUCGCUGUCAAACAAUGCCUUCUCGAGUUAAGAAGUCUUUUUGCGGCUGCCUGCAGGAUGAUGAGCCACCGGAAAUCACCUACUGUGUUGUGGAGCAGACGGGAACACUCACGCUUCAAGCGAUGACACCAACCUUACCCAUGCCAGCAGAAGAGGAAUUAAACAAGAUGUUUCUGGAGCUCGUUGAUGAACUGGACCUGACCCAAGCGAACAGACAAGCCGUACUUGCACUUCCGGCAAAUAAGAAAUGGCAGAUCUACUGUUCCAGAAAGAGUAACGGCACCCUUGAAAAUGGCGGAAUGAGAACCACUGAUCUUAGCGGCGAUCCUGAAGAUUAUAUUGAAAGAGUCAGGACUAUAGCAAGUGCACCAUUUCCAGAGGAAGGUGAUGAAAUUUCUAACCAAAUGCGACAAGUAGAGGCUUUAAAAACAGCCUUAAGGACACAACCUCACAGCUUCGUCCUUAGGUUUAUAGAGUUGGAUGGAUUAAAUUCUCUCUUGCAAGUUUUGGGAACAAUGGACCCAGAAGCUGGAAACAGCAAUCUCCACACUAGCGUCAUAGGUUGUUUAAAAGCCUUGAUGAACAACUCGAAUGGACGAGCACACGUUCUGGCUCAUCCAACAGCCAUCAACACAAUAUCCCAGUCGCUGGCGACGGAAAACAUAAAAACAAAAAUAGCAGUCCUGGAAAUUCUCGGUGCAGUCUGUCUGGUACCAGGUGGUCACCGAAAAGUCCUCGAAGCCAUGCUUCAUUUUCAGCAGUACCAUUCCGAAAGGGCAAGAUUUCAGAGUAUCAUCAACGACUUGGACAAGAACUUUGGAAUUUAUAAAGAUAACUUAUCUCUCAAAACAGCAAUCAUGUCUUUCAUCAAUGCUGUUCUGAACUAUGGACCAGGUCAAGUGACCCUGGAAUUCAGAUUGCACUUGAGAUAUGAAUUGCUGAUGCUCGGGAUUCAACCCAUCAUUGAGAAACUCAGAAAAUAUGAAAAUGAAACCCUAGACAGGCAUUUGGACUUUUUCGAAAUGGUGAGGAAUGAGGAUGAGAAGGAGUUGGCGAGGAAAUUUGAGAAAGAACAUGUUGACACGAAGAGUGCCACUGCCAUGUUUGAUCUUCUAAGGCGGAAGCUCAGUCACACUGCAGCUUAUCCUCACCUUUUGAGUUUGUUGGAACACUGUAUUCUUCUACCAUUGGAUUAUGGUGCCUAUCCGCAACACUGGCUUCUCUUCGACAGAAUAGUCCAACAAAUUGUUCUUCAAUCCGAAGGAAAUGAAGCUGGAACGACGAGGAAUCCUGAUGUCGCCCCAAUCGAAAUUAAUGUUAAGGAAAUUGUUCAUCUUCUCGCGAAAGAAGAGGAACUCGUAGCGGCUCGGAAAAAAGCCGAGGAAUUGGAAAGAGAAAAUUCGGACAUGUCUUCGAGACUUGCGAAGAAGGAGCAGGAAUUGGAUCUGAGGACGCAGGAAAAAGAAGACAUGGAAGCAAGUUUAUCAAGAGUGAAGGAACGUCUCGAGAAGGAAACAUCAAUGCAUAUCGAGACGAAGCAGAGGAUCUCGGAAUUGCAGGAUAGCAUGGAAGCUCUCUCUCGUCAAGUUAACAACGAAAAAUCUGAGAGGAAACGUCUGGAGCAAUUAGUCGCUUCCGGAAGUCUUCCAGAUGAUGCCAAAGCAACGAUAAAAAUAGUGGAAGAUGAAGUCAUUGAGAAAGUUGAAGCAAAACCAACACCUCCACCACCUCCGCCACCCCCAUUAGCACCUCCACCUCCUCCUUGUCUGAUGCCUACUGCACCACCACCUAUGAAGGUCGGAAUAGUUAAAAACGUUCCUCAACCAAGUAACCCUCUAAAAUCCUUUAACUGGUCAAAGAUCCCAGAGCAGAAAUUACAGGGAACUAUCUGGUCAGAACUGGAUGACUCGAAACUCUACAACAUCAUGGAUUUGGAAUCCAUAGACAAGAUUUUCUGUGCAUAUCAAAAAAAUGGUGUAUCCACUGAAGGAUCGAUUGAAGACUUGAGAAACCUUGGCAAGAAUAAGAAGACAAUGUCUGUCAUUGAUUCUAGAAGGGCUCAGAAUUGUACGAUUUUGUUGUCCAAGUUGAAAAUGUCUGACAAUGAAAUCACGAGGACGAUCUUGUCGAUGGACCAGCAGAAUAUUCUGCAUAUUGACAUGGUGGAACAACUUUUAAAGUACAUUCCCUCGUCUGAAGAAGCCGCUCUCUUGGACAUGAACCAGAAAGAACUGCAGAGCAGAGCUGACUGCUUCCUAUACCAAAUAUCAAAAGUUCCCCAUUACGAACAAAGGUUAAGGUCCUUGCACUACAAAAAGAAGUUUUCGGCAAGCAUAUCUGAAUUGACACCAAGAAUGCGAGCUGUUCUUGAAGCAAGCCGCCAGGUCGCCAGAUCUCGGAGGCUCAGGAAGAUUUUAGAACUUGUCCUGGCUUUAGGAAAUUACGUGAACCGGGGAAACGCUCGAGGAAAUGCUUGUGGCUUCAGAUUGGCUUCCUUGAACAGAUUGGUUGAUACAAAAUCUUCCUGUUCGAAAGGCACCACUUUGCUUCACUAUCUGGUACAAACUUUGGAGAACAGGUUCAGGGAAGUUUUGGAAAUUGAAGAAGACAUGCCUCAUGUGCGAACUGCUGCCAGGGUUAGCAUGGCUGAUCUUCAGAAAGAAGUUGCUAACUUGAAAAAUGGCCUUCAGGAUGUGCAAAGAGAGAUUGAAUUCCACCGAGGCCAGUCUCAGGUAUUACAGGGUGAUAUGUUUUUGCCAGCAAUGCGGGAUUUCCAAGCUCAAGCUACUUGCAGGCUAGCAGAAGCUGAAGAUUUGUUCCAAGACAUGAAAACGAGGUUUGACAGAGCUGUAAGACUCUUCGGCGAAGAUUCUGCGGGCAUCCAGCCAGAUGAAUUUUUCGGAAUUUUCGAAAACUUUUUACAGGCUCUUGCAGAAGCUAGAUCAGAUGUAGAGAAUAUGAGAAGGAAAGUAGAAGAAGACGAACGAAGAGCAAAACAGGAACAAGAGUUAAAGAAGCGUACCAUGGAGAGGAAAAAUUCACGAGAAGGAAUCCUUAAUAGUAUUUCCCUCAGCAAAAAGAAUGAAGCAAAUACUAAUGGACAGGGAGAUAAUAAGGGAGAAUUUGAUGAUUUAAUCUCAGCAUUGCGCACUGGAGACGUUUUUGGCGAAGAUAUUGCUAAAUUUAAAAGAUCGAAACGUAGACCUGUAACUCCGAGUGGUCAAGAAACUCGUAGACACAGUGCUCACAGAGAAGAUUCUAGGGAAAGGCACUAAAAUGUAUUCAUUUUUUUCCGAACAGAUUUUCGUUUUUUUUUUUUAAAUUUUUUAUCACAGUGUUCGAGUCAUUUCUAAAGUUAUUAAAAAUUAUCUUAUUCUGAAUUUGAAACUAGAGUCGGCCUUAGCGGAACAUGCCCUAGCGGAUCGCUAGGGCACAUUUUCACCCUUUUUAAAAUUUAUUUACAAUUUCACAUCGAACUCAAUACUCUUUUCAAAUUUUCACAUAUUUAGAUUUCUCGGUGUUAAAAAAUUAAGAAUUAAAAGCAGUGUGCGGCAAUUCGGCACACAGAUAUUAAUUUUUUAUUUUUUAAUACCUGAAUAAAUGUCAGUACAUGAAUAUAAAUAUGUAAAAAGAUUUAAAAAAUGUUUAUUUCUAUGCGAAACUGUGAAUGAAUUCGAAGAUGAAUAAGAAUAUUCCCUAGCGGACUUAGUAAACGCUAGGGCGAGAGUUAAGAAAAUAAAAUAUUCGAACUAAUGUACAGUUUUUUAACUUUUAAAGAGGCUUAAACAUAAUUUUUUUCUUCAAUUAUCCAACAUUGAUUUUAAUUAAACGAAAUUCUGUUUCGUGAAUUAAAAUUAGAUUGGAAUGUAAAGACUGGAGGAUGAUCUUCGAGUGCCAAGACAAACACGUUGGAAUUUCCUUUUUGGGGUGAAAUGCCUGAUGAUAUUUCAGAACAAUUCCAUAGUAGGGUAGGUCAAAAAAUAUAGAAAUCGCAAAAAGUACCGUGCCUAAGAUUAUUAAAAUCGUUUUAAAUCUAGGCAAAGCGCGCGAUAAAACUGGGUGUAAAAAAUUAUUAUCUGCAGGAGAUAAUUAUAUUUUAAUAUACCCUUGUAAUUAUCUUUUUUUUGCUCCAUGAAAAGAUAAAAAAAAUCUCUUGGCUCUUGAGAAAUCAGAAAAUGUUUCAAUAUUUGAAUCAUUUGUAGCGUUUUCAGUUCUGAAUUUCUGCAUUCAUUUUCAUCCCAAAAGAACCCUCAAGUGCAAAAAAAAUUUCAGAUCUUCUCAUGAUUGCAAAAAAAAAAAUUAAAAUUGAUUAUAGGGAUUAUUUAAAGAAUAAUUUGGUUAAACCUUUUUUGUUCUCACGUUUUUUUCUGUAUUUAAAUUUUCCAAAUACAAUUUAUGCACUACUUUCAGGCAUAGCAUUAGUUGCGAUUUCUAACUUUUUUUUCAAUCCACACUAUUCCAUAGGCUGUUUAAGGACAGAUUGGUCCGCAUUUUUAUCUCGUGGUACAUAAAAGUUUCAUAAACAGGAGAUGAGAAUACGAUCCAGUGAGAUGUAGUUAUUAAACGAAAAAAGUAUCCCACCCAUAGCGGAGCGCGUGAACGCUACGCUAGGGUAUUUUUUAAAUCCCUUUUCACACUUAUUCUCAAUUUGAGAUAGAGCUUAAAACUCUUUUUAUCUUUUUGCACAUUUUUAUUUAUUUACUUGUAUUUAUUCGUGUGUCAGAGAAUUAAGAAUAAAAAAUAAAUAAAUAAAAAUAUAAAUAUUUUAAAAUGCUCUCUAAAAUUGAGAUUGAAUGUGAAAAAAAUUAAAAAUUUACCCUAGCGUAACCGCUCCGCUAGGGACUAUUUGAUAACGACGCUUUGGACUGAAUUUAAUUGACGAAUAUUAAAAGACGUAUCGUAAAAUAGCUGUUAGAGUGAGAAAGAAAGAUUGUCUGCUGUAUGAUUGUGAGUGAGAAAAUGACUUUAGUUUAGUUGUUUAUAAAAUUAGAUAUAAUACAGAAAACGUCAAGAAUUUUCGUCUUGUAUUACAAAAAAUGAGAAAUUUUUGGGGAACAAGAGAGUCUAUACUGUUAAAAGAUUUUAUAUCAAUCAGAAAAUUUACCCGGACCCAGAAACAAUACACGUGAUAAUUUAGCUUUUGUAUAUACAGUCAUUAUGUACCUUUUACAUUAACAGUACGGAAAAACAUGUAGCAAUUUAUUUAUGUCGAACUGAAAAGAUACGUACAGAUCAAAACUCAUCUGACCAUGAACGGAUAAUUCGUUUAUCAAAAAAGGACCUGAGCUUUCGUAAAAUUUAGUCAUUUCAAUUUAACCCUAGCAGAAUAUGCCCGCUAGGGUAUAUUUUCAUCCUUUUUCAUAUUUAUUCGCAAUUUUAUAUAGAACUCAACACUCUUUAUCUUCUGAAAUUUAUUUAUUUGUAUUUAUUUAUGUGUUAAAAAUACAAGUGCAUAAAUAUAAAUAUAUAAAAAGAUAAAGAGUGUUGAAUUUUAUGUGUAAUUGUGAAUAAAUUUGAAAAAAAUGAAAAUAUGCCCUAGCGGAUUGUUCUCGCGAUCCUCUAAGGAAUGUUGAAUAAUUGUUUUUUGAUAGAGGAUUUGAAAAAAGAAACAAAGAAUCAAAAGGCCUACGUAUAAUAGUUUUUACACUGCUCCGAAUGUCGGUUAAAGUCUGAUUUUGUAUUGCUUUGUACGGGAUUGGUGUAAAUUAGAAAACUGAGACUUCUUACAGUGUGAUGAGGAGUAACGUGAAUUUAAAAUAAGAAAUUUUUAUCAAAUAUUCUAUCGAUGUGUAGAGAAACUUUCAUGUAUAAUCUCUGUAUAGAAGUCGAUGUUUUGUAUAAGCUUUUGUACUUUUGUAAAUAUUCGAUAUAUAUAGUUGCGUCAUUCUGACAAAUUGUUCAAAUGGAAUGUAUGAUCGAUUAAUAUAUUCCUGAACUUCUGCUAUCACAUGUAUAAUUAAUAUAUGAAGAAAUAUACGUACGAGAAAUUAAGAU